AAUUUUUGUAUCUUUAUUCUAACCAACUUUCUGGUCCCAUUCCUAGAGAGUUGGGGAAUUUGAAAAACCUCAAUUAUUUGGAUCUACAAGAAAAUCAACUUACUGGUCCAAUUCCUGCUUCCUUUGGCAAUUUGAGAAAGUUACAAUUUUUGUUUCUCCGUGCCAACAAACUUUCUGGUUCUAUUCCAAAAGAACUUGCAUAUAUGGAUAACUUGGUAGAGCUGAUACUAAGUGAAAAUCAGUUUUCAGGCUAUUUGCCAGAGCGGCUUUGCCAAGGUGGGAAACUUGAGAUUUUCACGGUGAAUAGUAACAAGCUUACAGGGCCAAUCCCAAGAAGCUUGAGCAAGUGCUCGAGUUUCAAAAGGGUUCGCUGCAAUAACAACAGCUUUACUGGGAAUUUAUUUGAAGCUUUUGGCAUCCAUCCAGAGCUUCGGUUCAUUGAUUUGAGCGACAAUGAUUUUCAUGGUGAACUCAGCAGUAACUGGGGAAAAUGCAAAAAAUUAAUUGAUUUGCGUGUAGCCAGAAAUAACAUUAGUGGUAGCAUACCACCAGAGAUUGGAAAUGUCAAAGGGCUUUUAGGACUUGAUCUUUCAUCGAAUCAUUUGAUUGGGCAGAUUCCAAAGGAAUUUGGAAAAUUAACUUCUCUGGUUAAGCUUUCUGUGCAGAACAACAAUAUCUCUGGAUAUAUACCCGAGGAACUUGGGUCACUGACAAAGUUAGAGUCCCUCGAUCUAUCGUACAACAGAUUGAAUGGAUCAAUCCCGAAGUGUAUAGGAGAUUUCGUGCACUUGUUUCAGCUGAACCUGAGCAACAACAAGUUUGGCCAGAAUAUUCCAAAGGAUAUAGGAAGGAUAACUCAGCUUAAUGUACUUGAUUUGAGCUAUAAUCUUCUGGUUGGAGAUAUACCCCCUCAGUUAGCCAAUUUGAAGGUGUUGGUAAACUUAAAUCUUUCCCACAAUGGCCUAUCUGGGCGCAUCCCCAAAGAACUUGAAACUUUGACUGGUUUGCAGGAUGUCGUAUUGUCAUACAAUGAGUUGGAAGGUCCAAUCCCUAAUAAUAAAGCUUUUAUCAAUGCCUCAUUGGAGGGUAAUAAAGGUCUUUGCGGAAAUGUAGCAGGACUCCAGCCCUGUGAAAGGCCGUCUUCUAUGGUGAAGAAGCACUCAAUGGCGAAGGGAUGUAAACUCACCCUCAUCACUGUACUUCCUGUUAUGGGAGCACUGGUACUGAUCUGUGUUUUCACUGGUGUUCUCUUUAUGUGUAAUAAAAGGAGGAGAGUUAGAGAAGUUGAAAGAAGGGAUGGUGAUGGUUGGCUUUCGAUAUCCAUGUUAGAUGGGAAGGAAUUGUACAGGGACAUCUUAAACGCCACAGAAGAGUUUGAUGCAAAAUUUUGCAUUGGGCGAGGAGGUCACGGAAGUGUUUACAAGGUAAACCUUCCAUCAUUAGGGAAUAUUGCUGUGAAGAGACUUCACUCUUCAUUUCAGAAUACACAUCCCAAAAGCUUCAUCAAUGAAGUAAGGGCAUUGACUGGGAUUAAGCACCGAAACAUUGUGAACCUCUACGGCUAUUGUUCGAAAGCACAACACUCACUCUUGGUUUACGAGUAUGUGGAGAGGGGGAGUUUGGCUAGUAUUUUGAGCAAUGAAGUUGAGUCCAAGAAAUUGGAUUGGCUUAAAAGGGUGAAUAUCAUCAAGGGUGUUGCUUUUGCUUUAUCUUACAUGCACCAGGAUUGUUCACCACCCAUUGUUCAUCGAGACAUAAGUAGCAGCAAUGUUUUGCUUGAUUCUGAGUAUGAAGCUCGUGUUGCAGACUUUGGACUAGCGAAGAUUCUCAAUCCAGACUCAUCCAAUUGCACUACACUUGCUGGCACAUAUGGCUAUGUCGCACCUGAGCUUGCAUAUACUAUGAAGGUUACGCAAAUGUGUGAUGUGUAUAGCUUUGGAGUAUUAUCAUUGGAGAUAGUCAAAGGAAAGCAUCUUGGGGAAUACAUUACUGUGCUAGCAAAUUCAUUGACUAUAGAUCCUGAGCAGCUUAGCGAUUUGCUGGAUGAACGCCUUCCAUAUCCUGAAGAUAGAGUAAAAGAUGCUUUGGUUUUUAUCAUCAAGCUAGCAUGCUCUUGUUUGCUUAAAACUCCAAAAUCAAGGCCAACAAUGCACUUCAUCUCUCAGAAGUUAUCAUCAAUGGAUGCACGUCCACCUAUUCAACAGAGAAACCCCCAUGUAAGGCGAGCAAUAUAUAAUCCUUGAUAUGUAUGGAAAUAUCGGUAGUGUGAAGUAAGUAU